AUGAUGCCUACUUAUGACGAGAUUUCUAGAGCUGACGAGAUUGAUAAUUGGACGGCGAGCAAGGAGCCCAUGCCACUCACCAGGUCUUCUAAUUUCGGUCCUGGUUUUCGGGAUUCCGGUGGUUCUGAAGACGAUCGUUGGAAAAGGGGAGUUGUGCCUCGUGAUGGUGAUCAGGAACGACCAACGGAACGCCGACGUUUGGUGUUAGAUCCACCAAAGGGUGAAAGUGCUCCAGUUGAGCCAUCGGCGCACACCAAUAAACCGAGUCCUUUUGGGGCAGCUAGGCCCAAGAGCUGA